AUGACCGACCUUGCGUCUAUGAUUGUUUUUUACUUGGGCUUGAAAACGAAUACCACGACUCUUGAACGCAAUUUGGGAGAGUUAUGCCGCCAACUGGCUGCCCAUUCGGGGCCGGGAGAUGAAGGUGGUCGCACAAUGGCUGCUGUUUUGGAAGUGGCGCUAGACGGACCCAAAAGCGCGAGAGAACUCUUUGAAUCCUCGCACAGCCAGUCUGGGCAGCAUCAGCUUGCACCUUCUCAUUUUGCCCGUUCUUGUGCAAAGAUGUGGGUCCAUUGCUUCGGCAGGCGCUUCCAGUACAAAUAUAGUUUCAAGCACCAAGAGGGGCCUGCUAAACCACGUGCUGCCCUGAAAGGCAGCGCGCGCAGUUCGUUUGCAAAUUUUCAGCGAAAGCACGGAGAGGCCAUGAGUAGUUUGAACAAGGCUGGAGAGAAAGUUCAAAAGAGAGGGCUGGCUGUGCCUUCUUUCAUUGAAGGGAUGGCAUUGCCAUUGCAGCCACCGGACAUGAGCAAGCAGCUUCAAGACGAGGAGCAGGAGAUAUGCCAUAUGAGCCAACUGCUGCGAAAUCAGGUGGCACAGCUGUUCAAGCUACAGGACCCCAAGGCAAGCAGUUUGAAAUUGCCUUCUGGUUGUGUGAACGUAGCUCUCAUCUCGGUUUCGGAUGCAGACCUUUUUGUGGUGGAACAGCUUUCCGACUUAGACUUGAAGACGGAGGACAACCCUCAAUGGGUGAUCAGUGCCAAUAGUCCUCCUGAACAUGCCCUGUAUACCGAUGUCCUGAACAGUGCAGAGGAGGUUGUUCCGUACAUUGACCUCUAUGUUGCUGGCUUCAGCUGUAAGCCCUUUUCAAUGCUUCACGUGAACACGAGGCUUCUUGAAGAGGACCAAGCAAAGAUCUUCUACUCCGUAGUCACCAGGGUACGCAAGUCUCAGCCCGCUUCAUUUGUUUUGGAAAACGUUCCAGGAAUACAGCGCUGCAUGGAUGAAGUGAUGCAGACGUUGAGGGAUUUGGGUUACAUGGUGGUAGUUCACCUGCUCAAUCCCACGGAUUUAGGUGAGCCCGUCAGCAGGCCGCGCUACUAUUUUGUAGGAGUUCGACAGGAUGUGGCCAUUGUUGGUGAAGAAGUGGCUCAAGGCAUGUACAACCAUAUUUGGCAAAGGUUGAAGAGCUCCAGCGGUCCUGCGGUCCCACUUGGCAAGAGGCUCUUGCCUGCAGAGCACAAGCUUGUCUUGGAAAACCAGUCCCUUCGCCAGCAAAGGUGGGAAGAUGCCAAAGCUGCAAACUUUGGUGGCGACAGUAGGUCGCAGAAAUGGAAGCAGCGCCAUGCAGCCUGGCAGUUGGAGCAUGCUGAGAGCCAGAUCCAGCCAGACCCAAGCAGGCCAAGCCCUGAUGAACUUUUUCUUCACCUACCACGUGAGCGUGAUGUGUGGAAGAACUUGCUGACGGACAAGAGCAUGCCUAGACUGGCAGUUGCUGACUUGUCCCAAAGUUUGGGCCGUGUGCCUUUGCGAUCUGAUUGCACACCUACCAUCACCCCUGGGUCCCACGUGGUUGUGUCUGAAGCUCGGAGAAUGUUAGCUCCCAUGGAAAAGCUCUUGCUACAUUGCCUGCCAGUGCACACCAUGUCCUUUGAAGGCAUAACCGAUGCUGAGUUGGAGGACAUGGGUGAGAACAUGAUGCAUCUCCAGACUGUGGGAGUAGCAAUGUUGGUUGCCAUCGCCCUUGUGGAUUGGGCCCAGCCUGGGUCUAGAUGCGGGAGAUUGCCACAAGAAGGCAACAUGGUUCUUGCGGUCCAUGCGGUCCCUUCGGCCCCCAUGCCAGCAGCAAGAAAGAAAUCACUGACUGCGGCAGAGAAGAAAUUAGAAAGGCAGCUCCGUGAGCGAUUCGGAUUGAAGGUUGGCAUCAAAAGAAGAGUGAAGGUUGACGCCUCAAGGCUAAAAUCCCAGAAGAAGGUGAAGCUUCCCUGCUUACCUUUGCACAAAGCGUGCCUGCGUGGAACACGCUGGGCAGGCUGA